AUUCACAAACCUCAUCCAUUGCUAUUAACUCCAUUCUCGCAGCAAUCACCAAAAUGUCGACGGCCGCGGCGGAGGAGAAGAAGGUCAUCACCCUGAAGAGCAGCGACGGCGAGUCGUUCGAAGUGGAGGAGGCGGUGGCGAUGCAGUCCCAGACGAUCAAGCACAUGAUCGAGGACGACUGCGCCGACAACGGAAUCCCUCUCCCCAACGUCACCGCCAAGAUCCUCGCCAUGGUGAUCGAGUACUGCAAGAAGCACCAAGGGUCUCCUGACGGCGCCACCGCCAAUGCCGCCGGCGCGGACGACGGCCUGAAGACUUGGGACGCGGAUUUCGUGAAGGUCGAUCAGGAGACGCUCUUCGACCUAAUUCUGGCUGCCAAUUACCUGAACAUCAAGGAUCUGCUGGAUCUUACCUGCCAGACCGUGGCGGACAUGAUCAAGGACAAGACCCCGGAGGAGAUCAGGAAGCUUUUCAACAUCGUCAACGACUUCACCCCGGAGGAAGAAGAAGAGGUUCGCAGGGAGAACCAGUGGGCUUUUGAGUGAUAAAACCCUGUUUCUGGUAGUGGUGAAAGAAUAUUAGCAGCAUUAGUAUGUGUUUUAGUCGUGGAAUUCCAAGUGAAAUUCCCUUUUCUUGUUUUCUAUUCCACUUGGUAGUAAACUUUUUAGGUUUUUGUGUUGAACUAUUGUUUCGAUUUUGUGAAUGAUUAGUGGAAUGUCUUUUGAGUGGAUGGUAAUUUAGCAUGUGGACUAGUGCCGCAAAUGAGCUGAGUCGAGUUGCGCAAACUAACGUUAAACCUAAUCAAAACCCCAACAUGAG